AUGGCUACACCAGUGGUCUAUGCAGAUUUAAACUUAGCCCGUACCCAAGGGCCUAAACAUGCCUCACCUCUGCCUCGUCCCCCAGAUGCCUGUCAGUGCCCACGUUGGCAUCAGUGGGCUCUAAGACUCGGCUGUGCUGGGCUGAUCCUUCUUGUCUUGAGUGUGAUUGGAUUGAGUGUCUCAGUGCAAAUCUUUAUACAAAAAACAUCAGUACAAAAAAUCAAUAAGGAUAUUCAAGAGAACAGGACCGAUACAACAGAGAGACCAACUCCAUUCCAGUGCCCAAGAGACUGGCACUCACAUCAAGAUAAAUGCUUAUCAUUUUCUCAAGCUUCCGGACCUUGGAAUGAAGGUCUAACUGACUGCUCUGCUAAGGAAGCCACGUUGCUGCUUGUUCAAGAUCAAGAAGAACUGAAGCUCAUACAGGACUUGGGAAGGAGAAGAGGACACUUAUUUUGGAUUGGACUAAGUUACAAGUUACCAGAUAAGAAGUGGAGGUGGAUAAAUGGCUCUAUUUUACAUUCUGAUAUAUUACAAAUCACAGGUGAAGCUAAAGAAAACAGCUGUGCUGUCAUCUCACAGAUAAAGUCAGUUUCUGAGACCUGUUCUUCAGACAAUUAUUGGAUCUGUGAAAAGAAGUUAAAACCUGUCUGAAAUCAAAAGUGUCCUGAUUCCUGACUGCAGAUCCCAUCUCGACCACUGCGCUUUCCUCACAGAUCUCUGCAUUCUCACUGUCUUACUUGGUCCCCCCAGUGCACGUUGAGUGUCACAAAGCAUGAACUCUAAACCACUGUGACUCUUACAGAUGCUCAUGCCCAGUUUCUGUAUUCUAUAAAUGAGGACACAGAUGCUGAUGGACCGUUCUAAGAGAGGUGUUCUGUGGAAGGAAGCCCAGGCGUUGAGGGAACCGGAUUCUAACCCUGGAGUCCAUGUGUAGCCUUCACUGAUCUCUGUGCCUGAGCGCAUCUCCAGAAGAGCUGCAGCAAAAGUUUCCAUUGUCCUGUGCAUCAUUCAUCAAACUCUUUCCUGUGCUAUCACAUAGCUGGACUGUGAAACAUUGAUUAAAGCCUGUUCUCUUGACUCUGACAUCAGAGGCCCAUAGUUAAAGGAGUUUGGAAAAGGAGUUACUAUGAUUUGAAUGGCACUUCCAAAAUUCUGGGUAAAAUGGGCUUUGUCCACGUGAUGCCUCCUGCUGUGGCAUGGUGCGUAAGCAGAUUCUGGGCAGUUUCUGGUACCUUGGUGCUGGACUUCACAGACUAGAGAGCUGUGAGAAUGGAAUGUCUUUUCUCCACAACUUUUCUGUUGUAGCAACAACAACAACAAAAAAAGGACUAAGACAAGGCCGUCACUCUCUCCACCACUCCACAAUCCUUUUCACUUUAGUUUUCUCAUCACUUAUUUUCUCCAUACCUGUUGCUCUCUAUGGCUCACAUACAAAUUGUAAAGAAUAUAUAAUUAACUCAUUAUUCUAGUACAAAAUAAAUUACAUCUUUU